AUGCCUCUGAAGCUCUCGGUUUUGUUUCUCGCUAUCAGUCUCUGUGUGACUGCACAAGCGAGAUUUAUUCAAUCUGAAGAGCCUGAACUAAACACAUCAACUGUGUCUUUUGAGAACGGAAACGAGAGUUCAACUGGGGAAACGACAACCGGGAAUAUCGAUGUCCAGAUCGAUGUCCAGAUCGAUGAAGGAUCGAGCACAGACACCACUCAUGAGCCAACUUCCAUCAACGUUUCUGAGCCCAUUUCCUCAUCGACUAUCGUUCCCACAUCGGAAGAUCCAUCUGAGAGAAGAAAAGCGGCAAUUGCAUCAGUCGAAUUCGAAUUCGACUAUCCAUUUGUGAAAAUA